AUGCUCGCGUGUCGGCGUGGUCGCAUUUCUCUCGAAAUGGGUCGCGCGCACAUGGGUUUGCUGCAGUCACUAUCGCUGGAGAGGUAUUUUCGGAAGGAGUGCAGAAUCUUGAUCGAAUCAGGAAGCGGCAGAUGGCAGCGGAGCCGAGUCCAGAAAGCAAACAAAGGGGAUAGUGGACUAAGCGACUAUAGAACCAGCAGCACGACUUGGAUUGAUCCAUCGAAAGACUUGAGUGCUGCUGGUAAGGUGUGCAUGAAGAUCCGAGGAUGUGCAAAGCUCAUCACGGGAAUCGUAGAUUUUGAACGGCUUGCCACGUCAGAGCUCCAGCUGGUGAAAUACGAAGUGGGCCAGGAGUAUAAGGCUCAUUAUGACGGCCGCAUGCUGCCAGAUGGCACGCUUGAAGCUCGUGGGACUUUCCUUGUGUACCUAAAUGAUGGCUUUGAAGGAGGGGAGACGUACUUCCCAAACGUAGGCAUCAAGGUGAAGCCAGAGAGAGGGAAAGCUAUUCUCUGGUACACACAUUUGACAGAUCAAGGCAUUGAAGAUAGUAGGUUUAACAGCUGCUACAGUAACAAUCACAUCAAUGGCAGCAGCGAGAGCGAGGUGCUGUUGGAUCUUGUGCUCCUGCUGAGCUCAUCUGCAGCAAGUAGGAGUGUGGUCCUUGCUGUGAGUGCUGCAUCACGGAUGGGUGUGCUGGUUUCAGGCCAGAGCUUGGGAACGAGAAUGCCAGCAGCCAAGUUGAGGCUGCUCCCCUCUCGGAUUCCCAAGGCUGGUAGCAAGGAAGCAGCAGCAGCAGCAGCAGCAGUGAACCCAGCUCCUGUGAAGGAAACAACCCUGAUUGCUCCUGAUAGAUGCUUCAAGGCUAUUGCGGACGGGUCAGCAGCAGAACAAGGCAUGAAGCAGCAGGAUGGGAUUGGGGAUGGGAUGUGUGGAACGAGGGAUGUUCAUGCACGUGAAAUGGAUACUGCUCCUGGUGGAGGCGUCAAGGAGGCUUCAGUAGCGUUUGCCACAGAGGAAGAGGCAGCAGGGGAGAGCGGGAGGUGGGGGAUGCGGAGCGAGGGAAAAGGUCGUAUCCAGGAGAGUAGGAGCUUGUAG